UCCUUGUUUAGUGCAUUGGAUAAUAUGUCUGCAAAGCACUUGUUAAUUUCUUCCUUAUUGUGGUUUAUUUGUUGAUUAGGUUGUCAUGGAUAUUUUCGUAUCAUUCUUCAAGAAAUAGAUAUUUAAUCGAGGAAGAUAGCAUGAAAGCUUAGAAGCUGGGAUAAAUAGAGAUGGCAGUACAUAGCAUCAUUUCAUCACUGCAACCAAUAUUGCCACAAGACAUACAAGGACAAAUCCAGGCAUCAGCAUCAAGCGGCACAGGUACCCUAGACCUUGAUGACGAUGUUAAGAGAUGGGUAGUUAUAGGACUUUGUCUUCACAACGUCUUGACGCCAGCUUUGAGAAUAUAUGUCAGUCCAAUUAUUACUCAGAUGUAUACUUCAUUAGUAUCAACCGAUCACAUCAAUACACAAACGUCUCACAGCUAUCUCAGAAUAUAUCUACCAACAAAAACGAAACUAAACUAUGAAACAAUCAAUAACAACAAAACUCUUUAUGGUGGACAAACGUGGAAAUACGACCGUUGUGUUAAAAAUCCUAUUGACUUAUCGAAGCUUUUCGUACAAACGCAUAUGGCCCAGUACAUAGCAUUCGAUUCCACAUGCGAUUCGUCAGCAUUACUUGCGAUUAUUAUCAAUAUUGAUCAGUUUCCAUUGGCCGUUCAGGAGGAAGCAAAUGAAGUUCGUACUUCAGUUAGGAACUGUUGGGCCCAUUGUAAUUUUUUACAAUGGACUCCCACAAAAUUUGUUGCAUCAUUCCAGCUUUUGGAAAGAUUUAUUAAAAAGAUGGGUGUAAAUGCCACGGAAGAAAACAGAAUUUUAGGUGACAUACACAAUUGGAAAACAGACGGUAUGAAUUUUAUGAAUAUAUCCAUGCUUGGAGCGGAACUGGUUGGUGAAAUUCAAACCGCUACACAAGCCUUGACUGAAUGCACUCAAGAUGACUCCAUAGAAACAGAUUCAAAUUUUCACCGGUUGCAGAAACAACUCAUCAAGAUAGAGACAAAAUUUGAGGAGUUUAAAACUAAUACAGGAAAAUGGCUAAACGAAAUAGGCACUAGAUUAUCAGAUUGUAGUAUUAAUACAGAUAUGACUGAAGUAAAGAACAACACUCACUAUCCAAACCGUAUGUGCUAUGAUGCACACCAGCUUGAAGUGAAUACGUGGCAAGAACAUGAUAGAAAGUUCGUUAAAACUGCUAUCAUUAACGAUUUAUUAAAAUAUUUAGAAAAGGAACAUUUUGCUAUUGUGAUCGGAGCAUCGGGCAUGGGAAAAUCAGCAAUCAUACACCAUAUUGCUUUACAAAUUUGCCAAAAAGAAGGAUGGACAGUAAUUCCAUGCCAUAGUCCACAGGAAAUAAUAAGUCAUUACAAAGAAUAUGAGUUUCUUAUUUUCGUCACUGAUGAUAUUUGCGGUAAAUAUGCAGCAAGCGAAGUUGAUAUUGAAAACUGGAUUAAUAAUAGGAAUAAAUUAAAGAUGAUGCUAGGAAAAAACAACAUUAAAAUACUAGCAUCAUGUCGCUUAGAAAUAUUUAAUGAGGAAAAGGUACAACGAUCUUUAAUGCCAUUUCUAUCUUGUAGCUUUGAUCUUUCUACUAAAUAUAAACUUUCUCUGAAAGAAAAAUUAGCCAUAGCUGGGAAAUAUUUGAAGACUGAAUACUGUGAGAAAUUAGAAGACAUUCUGGGAAGUGACACUUUUUCCCCUUUACUGUGUUUUUUAUUCUCAAAGUACGAACAAUUUACCGUUCAUGAGUUCCUAAAUGAGCCAUUUAAUAUUUUUAGUUCUGAAUGGGAUGAGUUAAAAGUCGUCGAUCCUCAUAAGUACUGCCUACUGUUCAUGUUUGUAAUUUUUAAUGGUACCAUCAAUGAAUCAUUAUUCAAUGAAACAAAUGAAGAUGAAAGGAAGAAACUUAAGAAUGUUUUUGAAAAUUUUAACAUUGAUCGCUGCACACCGUUAUCUUUAAUAAGGAAAAAACUAAAUUUCUGUGUAGGCACUUACUUCAUCAAAAUAGGUAAAAUGUAUAAAGUUAUACAUGACAAAAUGUUUGACUUUCUUUGUUGCUAUUUUGGUAACAAGAUGACUUCUUUUGUAAUAAAGUAUUCAAAUAUUGAGGUCUUAUGUGAGCGAACUCAAUUACAAUCUUUUAACACCUUACACCCAUGUCGCACCAGGAAUACCGUUGUAGUUGAUAGUCAAUAUGAAAUGGAAUAUUUUCAAAGAUUUCAAAAAGAUAUACAGCAUGGACUUCAGAAGGCUUUAAAUAUCGUACAAAUGAAGUACAAAGUUUGCAGGGAACACUAUUUAUAUAUUUUAAAAACUAUAAGUAAGAAAUCAUCAUUAAAACAAAUUAUAAAUAAAAAAGAUGAAAACAGUAACAAUGCCUUUAUUAUAGCAUGUUCAUACGGUUAUGAUGCAAUAGUUCAGUUUUUUAUUUCCGAUGGAGCCGAAAUUAAUGUUAAAGAUACACGUUUGUCUCCAAUGACAGCUGCAUGUGGCUCUGGAAAUUAUUCUACUGUUGUUUUGUUGUUAAAACAUGGCGCCCACUUAAAUCAACCAGAUAAAUGCGGGGAAAUACCCUUAUAUGUAGCUUGUUUUGGAGGAUUUAAAAAUGUAAUUGAAUUAUUAAUUGAAAAAGGAGCGGAUAUAAACAAAACUGUAAAAUCGGGAGCAUCACCUUUGUUUGCUGCAUGUAACAGUGGGGAUGAAAGUACAGUCACAAUGCUAGUGUUGCAUGGCGCAAAUGUGAAUAAAAGCACUAAGUCUGGAAAUACUCCUUUGUUUGCUGCGUGUUGUGGUGGAUUUGAAUCGAUAGUUAGAACCCUCGUUAAUAAGAGAGCAUUGGUGAAUAAAACAUUUGAGAAUGAAGGGUCGCCAUUAUUUGCGUCAUGUCAGAGAGGAUUCAAGAAAAUCGUGCAAUUACUGUUAGAAAACGGGGCCCAAGUAAAUAAUUCUGAAAAUAACUAUACACCUUUGCAUGCUGCUUGUAAUAUAGGAGAUUAUGAAAUUGCAAAGUUGCUGAUAGUAAAAAAGUCGGAGAUAAACAGUCCAAAGGGUGACGGUCAGACACCUCUUCAUGCUGCAGUUAAAAGUAAUAAUGAGAAAUUAGUCGAUUUAUUAGUAUGUGAAGGCGCAGAUAUAAAUGCAUCUUACGGUUGUGGAUUUACACCUUUGUACGAGGCAUCCAUUGCAGGAAACUUGCAAGUUGUGUUAAUUUUAGUAGAAAACGGAGCAGUUUUAAACGUAGCUUCACAUUCGGGCGAAACUGCAUUGUUUGGUGCAUGUCGUAAGGGACAUUAUGAAAUAUCAAAAUUUCUAGUAGAAAGGGGGGCUGACAUUAAUAAAAGUAACUGGAAUGGUGAUACUCCUUUACAUAUUGUAUGCGCCGGGCGAUAUGAAAAAAUAGUCCAGAUCUUAAUAAAAAGUAAAGUUGACAUCAAACUUUUAAAUAACAAUAAAGAAUCACCAUUUUACAUGGCAUGUACAAAUGGAUACUAUACAAUUGCUAAAACACUACUGACCAAUAAAACGGAUGUUAAUGAAGGAACAAUUUAUGGAUGGAGUGCUUUAUAUGCGGCCGCCUCAUCCGGUCAUAAAGAAGUAGUGGAACUGUUGUUAGAGAACGGAGCGAAUGUUAAUCAGUGCAAUACCUCCGGGUGUACCCCUUUGAUUGCUGCUUGCAGUGAAGGACAUAUAGACACUGUUAUUUUAUUAGUUAACAGUGGAGCUGAUUUUAAUAUAGCUAACGGAAAUGGAGAGACUCCUAUGCACGUUGCCUGCUUUGGUGGAUACAGUUCUACUUAUAAAUUUUUAUUACACAAGGGAGCGACUAUAAACACAUCUGAUGCGAAAGGAAAUUACCCCCUUCAUAACGCAUGCAAAAAUGGACACACCGAAAUAGUUAUGCUUAUUCUAGAAGAACAGGUUAAUUUAAACUGCAUUAAUAGUAUGAGAAACACACCACUGCAUUUUGCAUGUUUUGGUGGACAUUCUGAUAUUGUUGAAAAAUUAAUAGAAAAACAUGCAAAUGUAAAUAAGGUUGAAGUCAAUGCUGAAACGCCUCUGUUUGUAGCUUCUAAAGGUGGUUACCAUAAAAUUGUUCAAAAGCUCAUCGAUGCUGGAUCUUUUGUUAAUAUGCUAAAUUUUACUGGAUGGACACCUCUUUGUGCAGCAUGUAAAGAAGGGCAUUACGAAACAGUAAAACUAUUAUUAGAGAAUGGUGGCGAUAUUGAUCAAGCUAACUGUGAUGAACAAACACCUUUACAUAUAGCAACGAUAAACGACCAUAAGAAAAUAUCUGAAUUACUUUGUGACAAGGGAGCGGACAUUUGUGAAUGGCCUGAAAAAUAAAUUUUAUUUAAAAAAGAGUUGGAUUACUGGAGCACAUUUUAAAGAUAAGAUCAAAUACGUGUCAAAUAAGAAGAAAGAGCAGUAAUAAUGAAAAAGACCCGGUGUAAUAAAUGUAAGCUCAGCAGAGAAGUGGUGACGGCUAAACGAAUUUUAAAAGUAUUCAUUGAUUAUGAAACACAAAAGUGCUAAAAGUGUUGAACGCCAAUAAGCUGAACAUUGUUAGAUUGGACAAAACAAACUAUAGAAUUAAGCGGUUCCCGGAUUCAGGUGAAGCCUUCCGGCAGACAGACUAGUGAACUGAUACAGCGAGAUUUAGGGGAACGAAUUGAAAAAGCAAUAACCCGUUUUGAUCGUUAUAAAUUUACUUUCUUGUAAAAAUAUACAUUAAAGCAAAUAAGUUAUCUUA